AUGUUUAAUAUAGAAUCCUACAUCUCACCUAUAUUACUGAGUUAUGUAGACAAAUAUGUCCGGGACUUCAAGCCAGCAGAUGCCCAAGUAUCUUUAUGGGGUGGUGGGGUCACAUUGCACAAUCUCGUGCUCAAGGCAGAUGUGCUACAGCAAGAGGUGUCCCUUCCCUUCACGUUGGUAUCAGGACGCAUACAUGAGCUCCUUAUACAAGUGCCAUGGACAAAGAUCAUGUCGGAGCCUAUUAUUGUUACCAUCAACACAAUAGAAUGUGUAUUGAGUUUAAAUCCUCCACCCGAGGAGACACCACCACAGGAAACACAAAGUGGAAGAUCUCAAGUGGUCGAAGCUCCCCCGGGAUACAUGCAAGCACUUAUCCGACGCAUCGUUAGCAAUAUAGCAGUUCGAGUCAACUCGCUGAUAGUGAAAUAUGUCCAGGAUGAUAUUGUGCUCUCCUUGAAUGUUAAGAAACUUUCCAUUGACAGUGUCGGUGUUAACUGGGAACCUGCAUUUGCUGAUAUUGAUCAAAGUCUGCCAGUAAUUAGGAGACUAGUCCGUCUUGAUGAUCUCACUCUAUGUCUGGAUAAGACAGAUUCUGACGGCAAGAUCAGAUUCUAUCAUGAGCCACUCCUGUAUCGUUGUCAACUGGAUUUAAGGGUAUUAACAAGACUUGUAUCAGCUAAUACUCGUCGAGCACAGAGUUUAAGCGUCCAGUUGCUCUCCAGCCGACUGGCGUGGGGGGUUAAUAGUGAACAACUAGUACUUCUACUACGUUUGUUAAGAGAAAGAACGCUUCUUGACACGAAGUCACCUCCACCUGGCCCUAAGCAAUCGAACGUACCAGCAGCACCGUUACAUGUAACAGCAUCAACAUCAGCGGAACCGGCUCGUACCGAGAGUUGGUCGGAGUGGGCUUGGUCCUGGUUGCCGGCAUGGGAUAGAGAGGAUGUGGAUGAAAGCCCAGUACCCGCCACCCCUAUACCGAUCGCCUUCACUGCGCAUUUCGAUCAAGUCUCACUCGUGUUUAAGAUAUUAGAAACAGAGGGUACGACUCGCAAACGUGCCCGCAGUAUACUUGAACUGACAGCAGCAGACGCAGUCGUAAAGAGCUUCAUAUGUUUCCCAACACUACUGCGAGUCAAUUUCGGAGCUCGGUCGAUCACUAUCGCCUCACACGGGAGAUGUGUUUGCGGUCAUCUGGAUGCCAAUGCUGUACAAGGCGAGCCGACGAUACACUUAAAUAAAAUAGAAACAGUUAACGAAGAGCCAUGGAGUUGGGUGGACGAGGAACUGACCGAGCAAAGUAUCGAGCGAGCGGUAGCGGUCAAUGAGGAUGUGCAGUUCGACGAAGUUGUCGACGAGCCACAAGAGCUUCCCGAAAGACUAUUUAACAUAAAUCGUUUCGCUGAGCAAGCGCAAGAGAAACUCGACGAGUUCUGGCUUAAAAUGGCACCUGUUAUUUACUUCGAGUAUAGUCAUGAGAGGGCGCCGCCGACGGAAUAUAUUAAUCCGUAUGACAAUCCUCCUAGAAACUUUCAAUAUAGCGAUUGGAUCGAAGAAUGCAGUUUGAAAGUAACAGUUCGACCGAUUUUGAUCAGCGUAUCAACAGGACUGCUUCAUCGUAUAGCAGUUGUUAGGAAAGCGUUUGAAGAAGUUCCCGCUGUCGAAGAAAUAGAACUUCCGAUGCGAACACUAACGGUGGAGGAGUGCGACGCGCUAUCAGAGAACUUGCCAGUACGUCACACGGGUAUCGACGUGGAGGGGUUGCGGAUUCGAUUCAUACCGUCCGCACAUUCAAUCAUAGAGCGGUCGACGAGGGCGCCACUAGUACUCGAUGUUCAACUACCCUCGGCAUCGGUUAUGAUCAGUGCUCCUCUCUACCCUCAUAGAGUGUGUUCAGCGGCUUGCCAGAUUCUCGAAGACUCAGGGCCACUAUUCCAAGGAGCUCGUUUACAUAUAACAUUCGAGUCAACGAUACAAAUAGGCAUCAGUUCCCCCGACGAAGACGUCCCUCGACCCUGUGGUAGAACUGACGUACGUUUUGUGACUCACUCGCUACUGAACAGGAGUUACUUCAAAGGACCGGAGACGGUUUUAUUUGGAUACACGGCGAGGAUACGAGAAGCAAAUAUAUGCGGAUCGGCGGCUCGUUUGCAAGCGGCGUAUUAUGUCGCUCUAUCACUCAUUAACGAGAAACUAGCGGAACCUUUACGUAACACCACUCUUGCGAAAGACGCCCUCAACGAUGAAGCAUAUGUAGCGGUCGACAUUACACUAGAAGAACUACUGAUGCGUAGAUUCGCAACCAGUAAUGUAAACACUCAUUUCGUAUCGAUCAACUCUAUUAAGGCCACCGCGUUUCAUUUUCCUGUAGGAGGCGAAUUGAAACAAGCGUGGAUAUUUUCUGGUCCAGACUCACCAACUGUUACGCCAUAUUUGGAAGGAUCGUUCCAAUGGUGCAACGAACCCAACGCUACAGACUCGAUAGAGUUUAUCAAAUUAUCCGUUCAACCCACUGCGUUGAGCCUUGAUCCAUUGUUAGUCUCCUGGUUGAGCUACAGAUACAAACUAAUACCUAUAGCCGAAUCCGUACACCAAAUUCCAAGUAUUAAAACUAUAUCAUCAACACAGUACUUGUCCCGGAGACGAGCCACGCCGCCUUCAUCAAGCGGUCGAGGAGUCAGUCGGUCCGGUUCUGGUGCGGAGUUAGUACACAUUAGACCUAGGAGUUUAGAAUCGAGCAGUGAAAGAAGUGAAAAGAAGGAACCCAAGCAUCCUCCACAGAAGAAACCAGAAACUCAAACCUGGAGCAGCGACUAUCUGAUACGAUUAUACGAACGCCUCAACCGUUUACUGAUUAUCGCUGAAGUGGGUUUGGUACAAUUGUACGUAGCUUCGACAACAGUGUCGGCCAUCGACUGUGCCACUGUUAGAGACGCAAUGGAGAGACACGCCACUACUGAGAACAAUGUACUAGUUGUAAGUCUCGGACGUAUCCUAAUGGAAUCAAACACUCAACUUGCAUACCUAUGGGUCGGUGUCAAGCGUGAUCGUCCCACACACCACCGACCGAAACGAGAUCCUCCUGCCCCAGCGAACGAAGAGUCAUUUCCGUGGCAGAUUAGCGUAUCUGACAUGUCGUGUUACACGCUCGAAGUAAAAGUGGGUUCAGAACGUUCUGGAAAGGAACGAUCAGCGUCUGGACUAAAAUCUCAACUGAAAGCGUCACGAGUGGUCGUACCGAGGCAACUACUGGAGUUGGUCACGACGACUAUUAUGGUUUCUGUGGUCACUAAAUCUCUGAAGAUCCACGUACGGAGUUCGAAGAAAAGCGAACAGAAAAAGCGAGAGCAUACACGCGAAAACGCUGAAGAUAAAACAAAAUACUUCACAACGGGCACCGAUUUUAAACCGUCCUCUUUGAAAGAGUUCAUCCGGGGUCCAUCAAGGAGGAAGAAGGCCAGUCCAGAGCCUGAAAAACCAGAAUCCGCACCCGAACCGGCUUCUACUAAAGCCAAGUAUAAAAUUGGUCCAGUAAUAUCGUUGGGGGUGAACCUCCACGCUGACACCCCGCCUAUUAUAUUCAGACUGGACCAAGAUCAGGUUCAAAUCGUCGCCAAUGCAAUGCACUGCUUCGCCCAUGUAAUGACACUGCUUCGUAGACAGCCCGCGACACCUAAGCAAGGGUCGACUUCGCUUGGAGAUUCUCAAAAAUCGGUUAUCAGAUCGGCGUCAGAGUUUGAUGCAAGACAAAGUAUAUCAGAAGAGACGGCGAGCGAGAAUCGUUCGGAGCCUCUCAUCAGUAUAUAUGAACCUCAUAAACCUCCGGAAAUUGACACGGAAAUGAAGACUUUCUUCUGGUUCCAAUGGGUGGUCAGUCGAGCCACCCUCGUGGUUGUCACUCCUCGUGUGAAGCUUGCCUUCGAGGUCGAUGACGUCAUAACGACAGCUGAUCUCCAGGAACAUUACAAUCAGCUCAAGAUCAAAGUGGCAUCGGCUUCCGUACGACACUAUAAACGCACUGGCGACGAUGAAUGGACUGCUGGAGUGUUAGGCGGACGCAUCCUCGAGGUCCGAGAGCCAACUAACGCUAAGGAGGAAAACUACUUCCUUUCAGCUACCAUCACGCAAGCACAAAUAUCAAAUUUACCGGUUAGCUGGAAAGAAGAAUUACAUCCUAAGUUGCUGGAGUUCAAUUCUAGCGCUGAUUCCAUGUGGGAGGUGUACGCUACGUUAGCGCCGCUAGAAGCCAUACUACAACCAGAUAUACUGGAGCAUUUGAUGACUUGGCUCCAUGAAAUGACCCCGCAGUCCCUAUGCCCUUUAAAUACAGAGGAAACUAAGCCCGGUGACUGGAUGUGGCCAUUUUUCUACCUCACAGCGGGAGGUCUCAGGCUAUUGUUAACGUCGGGCGAAAACGAAAAUCUUGAAAACGCCUGCGAUGACACACUAAUGCUAGUUAUUGGCAAAAUUACCGUCAGUCCACAUCCAGAAAAUCCGAUUUGCAGACAAUCAGUGAACCCGGCUACAGAUAGCUCCUGGACCCCACUGAGUCCAGGUCUAGAUGGUCGACAGUACGAAGUACUUAUAAGACACCUGGCUAUCAGAUCUGCGCAGUUGAACCAACUUGUUAACCAGGAGGAGACCGAAUCGGAAAUGCUAAAGGGUACUGGUAGUGAAAAUCCUGCAUUAAAAUGGAGCCAGCCAGUUGUGUCGCCGGCUAUUACUCCCCUUUUACAUUCAGUGGAUGUCGGUUGUAUCCUAGCGCCUCCAAUAUACAGCGAGGGCGCUAUAAUAAGCGGACCAGCGGUCGAGCUCAAUUUACUCUCGGACUGUUCUGUGGAAAUGGGCGUCGAAAGCAUCGAACUAGUACAGACUCUCGUACAGAAAGUACUACACGUGUUUAGACAGAGAUCUGAAAGUUCAUUAAAACUUGAAGAGGAGAAUGUAUGUCCAUACGCUGCUAAUAUUUCAAAUCAAGAAACGACAGAAACCGCUAACAUCGACAGUGAACCUACGACUGACACGCAAGAGACACCAAAAAGCUCCAAUGAACCGAAUCGUAGUUAUAUUUUCGACUCCGGCGUCGAAACGACUACCUCUCAAUCUACUUACAAGAACCACCGCGAUUCCGUGCCUAUUAAGAAAUCGGUCUCUAUCGUUGGCGCUGAUCAUACGGCAAAACCGUCAGACUAUUUGGAGGUUUACGUUACGGUGGGAGUCAUUGACUUUUCAUUGUAUGCGAAAGAUGACAAUUCCCGUGAAGUGCGAGCGUUGCGACCACCUCCCGGCCAGUAUACUGCUCCGUCUGAAGCAAAGAUUAAGGUUGUGAUUGACGAAUCGAAAGAAAUUAAAACGGAAGAGGGUAAAGACUCCAUGGCAGCGAGUAGAAGUCUCACUGAAACUAUACGUAAUGUGGAUAUUGGGAAAACCAAACUGGAACUAAUGCACAUUCUGCCGUUCGCCCGAAAAGCCGAAGGAAACGUUCCCUUACUUCACGCGACACUCAACCAACCUAACUUAUAUUAUUUGAAUAGAAAAAAGCAGAAAACGAUUCAGAUAUCCCUAUUCAAUGCCUGGAUCGGCCUGGGUGUGGGACCAGGCGAAGGUCACUGGAACGCUCCACUGUUGACCACUACACGAGGAUCACCAGAUCCCGUCACAGAUAUACCACCUGCGUUGGCGACUUUACGCAUUGAUUUGUCACCAGGCGGAUUUCCAUCGUUUACUAGUGCAAGUGGACGAGGUAAUGUCCAAUUAGACGUUGAGCGACCAGUCAUGUUGGAAGUGAGUACGGACAGCUUACAGAGACUAAAAGGAAUCGUUGCUUUAGUUGAGAAGAACGUUGUAAUAACAAACGUGCCCGUCGAACAAAUUGUUGAACCACCGGUUCCACUUUUGUACAAAAUUCGGAAAAAUAUGGUUUCAGUUGGCUAUGAAGUCGAAAGCGUGAUAGUACAUACGGGUCAGAUAGGCGUGCGAGGGUCGGAGGGAGCGGUGGGCUGCGACGGCGUGCGAUUGCAAUUAGCAAUAGGAGAGCGACCGCAGCGGCUGACCUGUCGCGUUUUACUCACCGCUGCGAUCGUGACCUCGGGCCCGGACAGCGAUAGGCGACAUGUCGUUUUACAACCUCUGAUGGCUGGUGUGGCAAUCGACGCUACUUGGGAGGCAUGGAAGCGGGCAGAGGGAGGUCCAUCGGCUUGUGAGCCUACUAUUCGUAUUGGGAUAGAUUUGGAUCGUAUCAGUUUGGACUUACGGCCGUCAGAUCUAGCAACUGUAGCCCGGAUAUACGAUAACGCAAACGAAAUAUUCGGUUUGAUGGAGAGUCAGGUCUCGUCUGAGUCAACCGUCAGCCAGGAGUCACUAAAGUCACGUUCGAGUGACAUAUGCCAUAUGCCAACCAACCAGUCGACAUAUGCCAACCAGCAAUCAACAACCGAAAGUGAUCAUACGAAUCACUUUUAUAAAGACGAUUUGAGAAGUGGCGCUUUCAAGAUAGUGGUAGGUUGUCAAUUACCGAUGGCCUAUCAAGUCACGUUGCAUGGAAGUACAGUGUCGUGGCGAUACCCACAUCCGAGGGCUAUCACACGUAUUAUUGCUUACCCUAUGCCUAAUUUGGAAGACGACCAAGUAGAAUGCGUCCUAGAGUUGUACUGCUCGAUGUUAGCUCGUUGGGAGCCUCACACGUACUUCAAACUGCCCGUGUCAGAACCGAGAGAAAUGGUACUGAGCUCGUCGCCUACUGAUGCGGUGUUCGCGCUGAUGUGGCGAGUACGAGUUUGUCACGAAACGGAAACUCAAACGCCGUUUGUAUUCAACGCGAGAAAAUUUAUGCCUAGACAAGAUCCCUUGUCGCCAGAUCAAGCACCCGCUGGCUGCCACAAGAAAUUAAUCGUAUCAGCGGAACAAUUGUCUGGUAUACUCCGAGUUGAUUCAUACUUCGCUCCGAGAUUCCUUCCUAGAGCGAGGAUAGCGUUGCGUAUCGUCGCUGUAGACAUACACACACAUAACGACCUGCCUAGAAUACCCAAACAGUCGUCGGUUCUCGAAGGUUACUACGUGUCGCGACCACUUAUGCGCAGUCACCGUAUGUUGACUCUAAGUGCGUGUGACACUUCCAUACACUGCGUGUUUGCGGCCUCGUCUACACUACUUUUUGACACGUGUCUUUCGAGCGACAUAAUAGACUGCGGGACCGGUACAAUGGAGCCGCUAAUAGAGGAGUUUAGAAUACAAGGCACAAUUACUUUAUGCAAGGAGCCGCGGCUUCGCUUGAGAAUCGGCGAUAUACGCACUACACUACUAGUGGCUCGCAUGUGUACUCUCAGAGCACUAAUCGACGAUUGGAGUGCCGUUUAUAAAAAGUGUAUUCGAAAAACUCCAGAAAGCAAAGCGAACAUAGACAGCGAAAGUGAAAAGGACGCUGCCACUGUUCUCUCUGGACGAGUUUCUUUAUGGAUACACAACGGAUGCUCAAGCGCGUUGCGUGUAGGGCAGGAGGCGACUGAUGAACUAAUACCCUUGAGUGCGGGCCUUUCUCUAGCGUAUAGAUGGCGCUCGCCGGGAUCACCAAAAAAGUUAAGAUUCUCAUUAGUGACACCGGCAAUGGACUGGCGGUGGUCAACUAGUGUUCGUUUCGCCGCCGGUACAUAUCGAGUGCGUCUCGAAAAUACGGAGCAGUCACGAUCCGGUAAAGGUGGAUUGUUUCUAUACAUACGUGUUAAGGACAGCGGGUCAAGACGUGACAUGUACCUGUCUGGGAGAUUGAUGCUCGCUAACACUCUACGACAUAACCUGUUGUAUAAGGUUCGAGCUCGUUCAGAUAUGAACGCGUGGCAAACGAUCAGCUCUGAAGAAUUACACGCUGAAAGCGUCGGAUUAAGCGUACUCUGUAGCUUGGAAUGUGAAGUUGUAUUGAAGGUUAAAUUUCCUUCGCACGAGUCUGGUUGGUCAGGUGACAUACCGCUGAAAGAGUGUAGAAAAGAAAACGUUCCUUGGCUUGUGAAAGUUCCUAGUGAAGGCGAAGUCUCAUACACAUCGGUGUGGUGUCGCGUGAUUAGAGCACGUAGCGACGGUCGCAUCAUAGCUACCAUCUGGCCCUUCUACGUCCUACGAUCACAUCUGCCCUUAGACGUCGAUGUGCUAAUAACAUCAGAGAUCGUAAGUCCAGCAGACGAAGCAAGUGACAAACCUCCGCCAAUAGUCCAGACGGCAAGCGGCCGAGGAACCACCACUCAAAUAAUAGCUCCAGGGACUACGUCAGCGAGACAUACAUUGACAUUCCAGUAUAGAAACAUCGAAUGUCCAGUAACUCGAGAAGCAGUACCGCUGCACUACGGUAUGACCGAAACUUCUGUCUUCGACAAACCGACGCCCGUCGCCAACAUAGAAGACGCCGUAGAUAUGAUACAACAAUGGUUGAAAAAGUCUAGUCGUGACGCGAGGUCCAACUGGCCAUAUUCCAUAGUUACUAGUCAUUUGCCGGGAGAAUGGCAGCCGGCACUUUUACAGCCACGAUGUGACGUCACAAUACGCUAUGAAGCUGUAAGAGCGGGUGGAGGUUGUUCUCUAGAACUACAGCUAAGUCCCGUGGCUUUACUCGCUAAUGCCUCUCCAAUAACUCUAACGUUACGUGCAUAUGACGCGGCGCCACUGUGCAGAAUAGAGCCCGGUGUUGCCAUAUCGCCUCCCUCGAUUGUGUUACAGAAACCAUUCUUCAUGUCAGUGGAGGUUGGUCGGGAAACAUUUGUGAGUGGUCAGCUACAAGUGUGUAAAGAGGAACAAGGCCGAUACGGUCAACCCCCACCCGGGUAUAUUGCUCUAGAAAAGGCUGCCAAUUUCGCGGUACAAUGCAAUCAGAAGGUUGCCCUGUUGACAAUGUACUACGAGAUAAAAGAAGAGAUCAACGUUCUGGGCGUCACUUCUACAUAUAUGUUAAUUAACAGGCUACGUACAGAUAUCUUGGUGUCAGCGAUAGCAGCACCAAAGGAAAGGGACAAUUCAACGUUGCGACCGAAAACAUUCAAAAUUGUCGAGCCAACUAUGUGUUCAUAUAGUUUACAAGGCACACCACUCUGCCGGUUCUGGAUGAAUGGUCGCUGGCGAGGCGGAGACGUGGAUGAACUACGAGCGUUCCUUUGUAUCGCUUUACCAACGACAGUGUAUCAAGCGAAUUCCUCAGUCCCGAUACGACUGGGCAUGGCUCCGGUUAGACGGGCUAUAGCUUUGAAGAAUGAUGACGGACAAUCGAUUCCAAUAGUAGUAACGCAAGUUAAGCACGAAGCUCGAUGGCUGAUAACUAUAGCAGAAGACCCAUGCCCGCAAUUUUUGGUACACAAUCGUACUAAAACGACGCUGGCAGUCGCUCAACCAGUUAAGGAUGACGAAAACACGACUCCCGUGAAGACUGUACAGGACUGCUUGGAUGUUCGUUGGUGGUGCGUUGUGGAGUCGAAUGGUGUGACUCACUAUUCGACACCGUCGUACUGUUCUCGCUAUCCUCCCCCUCCACAUUCCGAAUUGCGGAACCCCUUGCCCUUCCUUACCGUUGGACACUGCAGAGACGAAGGGAUUUACGAGUGGUGCCAUCCGAUCGCGAUAGCAGACGGCGAACAACUUUUGCAACUUACCGGCGAUGUUACUGUCAAGUUGCGCGUGCGCACCCACCCGCAUUCAACACUCGUUGAGCUACAGGAUGUUGACCAAAACGAUAUAUCGGCUAGCGACAUCAGACGUCGACUGCUCGGCGCCUUCGAAGAAGACACUUUUCAACUAAACGUAAGUUUAAAUGCAGUAGAGUCCAAUUUCUGCCGCCAUACAUUGCCUCCUCUGCAGAAGCCUGAUGGUUCGCUAGCUCACUCGGCAGUGGAAAGGGCAAACUUGUUUGCAUCUCUCUUUGCGAGCAAUUCGCGUCUUGACGCUAGCUCUACACAAUCACCAUCCUUGCCUCGAUGUGACUCUUCUAUGCAAGAGAUUACGAUCCACAAUAAAGAGGUCCGUAGAGUUUUGCUGAACCUUGACGUGAAUAAGACUAGUGGACCUGACGGUAUACCUGCGCGCGUCCUAAAGGCCUGUGCACCUGAGCUGUCUCCUGUUCUCACGCGCCUGUACCGCCUCUCUCUUCAAACUAGAACGGUGCCAAAAUCUUGGAAGCUGGCUAAUGUGCAGCCAGUGCCCAAAAAGGGUAGCCGAGUGAAUCCCUGCAACUACCGACCAAUCGCCAUCACCUCCAUGCUCUGCAAAGUCAUGGAAAAGGUACUUAACAGCAAGUUGCUGAACUACCUAGAGGACAAUGAACUCCUCAGUGACCACCAAUACGGCUUUCGUCAGGGGCGGUCUACUGGAGAUCUUCUGGUGUAUGUCACACACUGCUGGGGCGAAGCCAUUGAGAAACAUGGUGAGGCACUCGCUAAAGAACCGCGCUCCGCGGACGAUGAAUAUCGUCGACUGAGCGCAGAUAGCAAACGAAGGUCCUUGUCUGGAGUGAGUGUAGCCGAGGACGUCGGUCUAGUGGCGACUCCGAAUAAUCCUUCGACGUCUCAACAAGUUCAAUAUCAGCAAGCGACGAUGACCUCAACCACAAACAAAGCAGAUGAUUCGUCCCUCUUAAAACUGUCAGGGACAGCGCGUGAUGACGUCACACAUUGGUCCGACGGUAACGAGGUGUGGCCAGAGAAAGAGCGAUUUAGAUGUCUCGUGACCAGCAUCGUAGUAACCGUGGGCGCUAGUUCCGACGAGUUACCGUUACUUGCGUUGCAUAUGCAGCGCGUUUCUGUACUCGUACAGGCGGAUGCCAGGAAAACGAAAUCAACACUAUCAGUAGCAGACGUACAAAUCGACAACGCCCAAUAUGAAACGGAACAAUAUGACUUUGCGGUUGUGGCCACUACUAGAGCGGAAGUGACGUCUGUGGAUCGCUGGCCAGCUCUCUGGGGGAUGUUUAAUGAGAGACUAUCGACUCUCGCCUCUAAAGCAAGGCUGUACCUCAGGACCUGUCAUGAUCGGUGGAUAGCUGCGAAUCGCGAAUAUCAAGAACUAACAGAGUUGGAACUACUCCUGGGUCCGUUGGGUCUCUACAUAGAGGACGCGUACGUCGCAUCGGCCCUCGAGCUCAUACACCUCGCCGCACCCUCUACCGCUCAGACAUCGGAAUCCACGGCAAUAACCGAAAUUAAUACUCUACAGAAUCCACUAAGAUUGAGAAAACUGCUAUUCCAUCCUCUCGACUUGACCUUAACACUACAUACUGCGGUACGAAUGUACAUAGCGCUCGAUGAAAGUCCCUUGCGUCUGAGUGCUUUCCAGUUACAAGACGUGAUGACGUCAUCAGAAAGACUGACGCAUGCGCUCACAGUACAUUAUCUCUCCGCAGCUAUACUUGGUGCAGGAUGGGUUGUAGGUGGCCUAGAAUUACUAGGUGCUCCUGGAGCCCUAGCAGCUCGAGUGGGUAGUGCGGGGGGCGGAGUCCGGGGAGUCGCCUCGGCAGCCGCCGGAGCCCUACUUCGCUCAUUAAGCUCUGCUGCCGGUUCACUAGCGAGAAACCUUGAUUUACUCGCUGGUGACGAUGAACACGCUAAGAGAGCUGCAGCAGCAAGGCGACGACCACCACCAAAUCUCAUGGCGGGUCUAGUGGCUGGAAUCACCAAUUUUGCUAUUAAUCUUCUUGGUGCAGUAGGUGGUUUAGCCCACCAUCCCCUGGUGGGAGUAGCGGUGGGUGAAAGUGAGAGUGGUGCGGCGGCUCUUAGGCGAGGCUUAGUCGGUGCUAUUACUAAACCAUUGAGUGCUACAGCUGACCUAGUAGCGUACGCUGGACAUGGUCUUCUGACACAAACCGGUUGGGAUCCUGUGCCUCAGCCGAAGGCGGGAACCGUCCGUUCUCUAGAGGAGAUAAGCAUCCCAAGUGGCUGGAGACGAGAUUGUGUUCGAUGGGGCUUUCGUUUCGCGGAACUGGGUGUCCUCACCGGCUUCGAAGCUGAACUCGAUGGCACUCCUGUACAACUGCUCUUCACGCAUAAGUACUUGGUCAUGAUCGACGCGGAGACGGAAAGAAUUUACGAAAUGAUUGACUUUAAAUUCUGCACCAUCGGACCGUACCAGAGUCAUGUCAUUGAGCUAUACGUUAAACAGAAGCGAUCGCCGAGGUUGUCUGAAUCGCGCGUCGUCGUUGAUGAAGACAACGAAGUUCAGAUAAGCGCGGCAGCUAUGGCCAGGGUAGCGCGAUAUACGGGAGCAGAAGGCUACGAUACGAAUGAGACACGCCUACUAACGCUACUGCCUCCCCCCUCCACUGCGCAUGCGCUCCGGGCCGUUUUAUGUGCCGUACUACACGCUAAUGUCGACACGCACUUCACUCUACUGUAA